UCAUACAUUCUUCACUACCAAAAACAGCUAUCCUCACAACAAACCGAACAAGCUCAAGUAAGGAAAUCAAAGCAUGGGAAGGCUCAAGUCUCUGGUUAUCUUGGCUUUGCUUUUUUCCCUCUCUUUCGCUGUUUUUGCCGACUCAUCCAAGGAUGCUUCUACACAUGCUAAGGAUGAAGUGAAGCCAAGUGAAGCGACCGAUGCCCAGGCUGCGGAGGCCGUGGCCAAAGAUGUUGUUGCAGAGCCCCAGCAAGGAUGGCGUGGUGGUUGUAGGUACGGAUGUUGCGGUGGCUGGUUUUUUGGACGGUGCAACUACUGUUGUCGUAGUCCACAAGCCGAGGAGACCGUGGAAACUGAAGCUGUUGAGGCCAACGUUGUUGAACCUCAGCAGGGGGGUCGUGGUGGCUGUAGAUAUGGAUGUUGCGGAUCCUGGCGUUAUGGACGGUGCAGCUACUGUUGUCGCAGUCCACAAGCCGAGACCGUGGAAACCGAAGCUGUUGAUGCCAACGUUGUAGAACCUCAACAGGGGGGUCGUGGUGGCUGUAGAUACGGAUGUUGCGGAUCCUGGCGUUAUGGAAGGUGCAGCUACUGUUGUCGCAGUCCACAAACCGAGACCGUGGAAACCGAAGCUGUUGAUGCCAACGUUGUUGAACCUCAGCAGGGGGGUCGUGGUGGCUGUAGAUACGGAUGUUGCGGAUCCUGGCGUUAUGGACGGUGCAGCUACUGUUGCCGAGGUGCUCAAGCGGAGUCUGAAGGGCAGAAAAAGGAAGAAGCUAAGCCAUGAAUGGUGUGUAAAACAAACUCUAUGUUUGUAUGCAUGGAUGCAUGGUUUAUAUUACUGUUUCGUACGUAUGUCAAAAUAAGGAAAAAGUGUUGCUAUAAAGUCUAUAGCUCAAUAAAAAAAUGUCGUAGGUUCAUAUAAUAUGUAUUUUGUUAUGUAGUGUUUUCCUCGUGAAGAUUGUAAUAAUAACUACUGUUUAAAUACUAAA